AUGGAGUGCUCGGGUGCCAAGCUCGGGGAGCUUUGGCCAAUCUCCAAUGACCUAAACUCGGACACAACUGGCAGCUUCAUGUUCACAGGCGGCGCACCUUUACCCCACCACCGAGUCAGCAUCUUCGAUCUACCUUACCCUCACCAAGUACCAUUACCACCUCUUCAACACCGGCCGGAGCUUCUGCGAAUCACAUACGCCUUUCCUAAUUACGCCGAGUAUACGAUAAGCCCUUCUAUCUCGACACCAGUCACAGAAGCAACCGCAGACAUGGCCGCCAAGGGCGACAAGAUCGAGAAGAUCAUCGCGCGGCUGCAGCAGCGCAUCAGCGAGGGUCAGUUCUACGAGGCCCAGCAGCAGACGCGCGUGGUCGCGGCGCGGUACACCAAGGCCUCAAACUGGACCGCCGCCAUCGACAUAAUCUACAACGUCGCGCAGUCGCUGCUCAAGGCCGGCGAGGGCGGCUCCGGCGGCGACCUCUGCGUGCUGCUCGUCGAUGUCUACAACCAGGCCGAGCUGAAGCCCGACUCGGCCACCAAGGGCAAGCUGCUGACGUGCCUGCGCCUUUUCCCCAGCGAGGAGCCUACGCGGAAGAAGUACAUCACGGCCAUGAUAGCGUGGUCCUCCAAGUUUGGCGAAUACCCCGCUGGCGACCCCGAAUUCCACCACGUCGCCGGCUCCCUAUACGCGCAAGAGCACGAUCCCUUCGAUGCCGAGAAACACCUGAUUCUGGGAACCAAAGAUUCGCCCGAGGUGCUCGCGUCCAUGGAGUACAAGUGGUUCACCGAGGACGAAGCACAUACGGCACCAUUGUAUGCCAGCAGAGCUGUGUUACCUUACCUCCUUGCUGGAAAUGUGCGAGCCGCCAACACCUUUUACCGGCUCUUCACCAGCGCCCUGAACCAAGACAAGCAAGGACAGCUUAACCUUCAAGACGUGAGCAGUAACACGGCCGACAUGCGAGUGUACCCCAGCAUACCACUCCUCAACUUCCUGGGCCUCCUCCUGCUCGCUGUCCAGAGAGGCACCGCAGAUCUUUACAGACAGCUGAAGGCCAAGUACGCUGGUCAUCUCAAAGAGCUGGAGAUAUGGAACGAGCCGCUGGAGAUGAUCGCCGAGAUGUACUUCGGGAUUUCGAGACCGCGGCAGAGUAAUCCUCUGAUGGACAUGAUGAGCGGCUUCUUUGGCGGCGGCGCUCCUGCGAGCGGGGGUCCCAAGAGACCGGCUGUCAAGGCUCCCACGAGCAUGCCAACCGCUGAGGGCUUGGACUAG